UAUAUAAACAAACUCAGUUUACAAGUUUUGAGGUUUAAGGGGCGGCAGGCGUAAACAAACUUUCAGUCAUUAUUUUUAAUUUAAUAUUGUAGUAAAAUCUGGCUAAAAUGGCCAACAGCAAAGAGAUGUGCCUAAGAGAAUGGGCGCCACUUACCGAAGUAAUGGAGCUUAUACCAGCAGCACGGCGGGGUUUCUUUCCCUCAAACCUAAAUAUUACCUGUGUGGAUGCCAUCGAAGACUUCCUUGCAUUGGGUAGCGACGCGGGUAUAGUCUUCUGGUAUAAUCGUCGGUCCGGUGAAAUGCAGAAACUCAAAGCAGAGGUAUCUACACGUAUAACGUGCGUAAAGAUAGUAAACUCAGUGGAAUACAUGGUGGCAGCUGGCAGUGCUAACGGUCAAGUUAGCGUUUUUCAAAUUCAAAAGGAGCUGCCACCGGACUUGGACUUGGUUGCGCCUUGCACACGCAGCAAACCCAUUGAACGUUAUACGAUUCGGGAUUUACACCGUUGCGUUGUCAGCUGCUGUGAGUGGUCCAAGAAUGGCAUGAAGUUGUAUUCGGGGGACCGACAAGGCGUUGUUGUCCUCACGGAAUUUGAUUAUCAGAUGCAUCAAAGCAAAUCCUUGGAGAUACUCAGUGAAGCUUAUGAGAUUGUACAGCUUAGCGUCUAUCAAAGUUAUUUGUUGGUGGCCACACUUUAUCGCUGCAUAGUCUGUCGACGCGAUGUCCAGACCAAUAAGUGGCAAAUUACUCAAGUGGGCAAAAAGGAUCGCAAACAACUUAUCGACUGCGGUGGAGUAUUCCUAAAACCAUCGACGACGUCAACGACAACAGAUAAUGUGCCACAAAUCAUUUGCGGACGACCAGGACUACGUUUUUGGGUAGCCGAUGCCCUUGGAAAUGUUGCCAAGACGAUUAUCUUUAACGAGGCAGUGUUAAAGAAUCCCGCCUGGGAGAUUCCAUUGCUGAAUCCUAAGCAACGCAGCCAUCUAUCAAAUGGCACUGAUGCAGCUGUUGCUAGCGGUAGCAACGAUGCCUUUGUGGCCAGUAGAAACUUUCGUGAAAUUAAUUUAUACGAUGGCCGGGAUGCGCUGUUAGUCACUCAUGACGAUGCCACAUUGUACAUACUUAAUCUGGAACGCUUGAGAGUUGAGGCCUCAGCUACUGGCUUUCGUAAGAUUCUGGAUUUCUGUGUUUGCGGCAAGGAAAUAUUUGUGCUAGAAGGCGAGCGUUCGUUGCUUCGCUUAGCUCCAAUGCCGGAGCCUCCGAAUAAAACGGCCAAGGUUAUAUUCAAUCCAAUGAUGCCGCCACCGUUGCCAAUGAUGGGUGCUUCACCCUACUCUAAGCUGGAACUAGAAUCGCCAGUGGAAAUGGAGCCAACGUUAAAUAGCGCUGAGGAGUGCUUUGAAUUGCCGGCCAUAGAAAAACUGGACUUGAAUGUGCCUAUCGAGCUGGCCGUUGAGUCUCCAUUGACCCAGCAAAAUCGUCGCUUGGAAAUCUUUCAGCGGAUCGGUGAGAUGGACUUCGAUCAAUCCAUUUUGCACACCAGCGGCACAACGAGCCACAAGAAGCGUAAAGUUUCGGUGGGCAAACAAAAUGCUGUUGUCGGAGGAAUCGUGGAAAUCGGACAAGAGACACACGAACGCAGAUUGCCUCUGACCAGUGCGGCAACGCUUAUGGAAGCCAGUUACUGCCAAAUGGAGAACAAUGGAUUGGUUUCUCCAAUGGAUAUUAAAGCCGCUUUCAUACAGCAUCUGCCGGAUGCGUUGACUCCAACCACAUUGCAGAAAACCAUUGCGGAAAAGGCCAAAACAUUGGCAGCCGAAUUGGAUUUACCAGAAGUGCAUUUGGCUCCAGUCAAUGAGGAGGAGCUACGCUCUAAGCUUACGCCACAGACAACUACAUCGUUGAUCAACUGUUAUCCCUCCAGGCUUGAGACGACCAGCGUGCAGACAACGCCACGCAAAAAAGCCGCAAUUGACGAUGCUGAAGAUUACAGUACCGGGCAGCCUGUGGAUGGCAUUUGUGCAAGCACCUCAAAGGCCUCGGUGGCUCCCUUCAAAUUCGUGAAAUCUCAACCAAAAUGCAACGAUCCAGCCGAUCAGGAAUACACAAGUUUUCUGCCUGAUUUCCGUUGCGCUGGCGAUCCAUUUAAAAAGGAGGCGGCACCGCCAACAGCUGAUUCGAAUUCAUCUAGUGAAUGGGAAUUCCUGGAUAAUUAAACCCAGACCAGUAUUUUAUGUUUAUUUAGUUCAGCAUAGAGUUGAAAGUUUAUAUUAACGCUUACAAGUUUUGCACGCUUAAUUGGUGGUAUUAAUUUUAAUUCGUUCUCUUUUAAUUGGUUUUAAACUAUAGUAUUUUUGAUUCUAUGUUGUGUGCUUCAAAUUGUGAUUAUCAUGUGUUAAUGUUGUUAAAUUAAAGCUUAUUGUACAAAAGAUCUACAUAUAUAUACAAUUUUACUAAAAUGUAAAUUAGUCUUAAUGAAUCAAACUUAAGUCAUUGCAUUUAAGAGCAUCUGUGAAACGUAAUUUGAUUAUUAUAAGUUGCAAACAUUUUAUUUUUUUAAGGCCUUAGAGCAUCUGUGACAUGUAUAUUGCUUUUUAAAAUAACUGAUUGUAAGUCUAAGACCCUUUUACAUAAUCCAAUAAAAAUAAUAUACAAUACACACAUCAAACUCAGACGCAGGAAACGAAUUUCUUACUGAUUAUAUUCGCAUGACUUGGCGAAAGUGACGAUCAUGUGCAUAAUUGUUAUCCACGAUAUUGCUGCAUGUGAGGGAAACGAGACGCCCACAAAAAUCCCAUGCAUGUCAAUUGAAAGAUUAAUGUAGUGAGCUCUGAAAGACAUGCUUAAUUUUAAGCAAGACUAGUGAGCGAAUAUAAUUUCAAAUUAGGAAUGAACUUUUCAAGGGAGUGUAGUGGAAAAUUGAAAACCAGUCAAUAAAUUCAAAAUCUUGUAUUAGCUUUAAGAAAUUCGAUUAUUAUUAAAAUUAAUCAAAAAUAAUUAAAAACAAUUCGGUAUAGGAAAAGGCCUAGCUUAAUAGUCGAUAAUUAUAAGUAUGCUUGUAUAUUUUAAUGAAAUAAAAAACAAUAUAUUAAAUUUCAUUAAAGAUAUAUUAACAUACAUAUAUGUAUAUGGAAGUGAAGAUCCAGAUGAAUAACCCAACUUAUAAUGAAUCGUCUCAUGGAACAAUAUCUAAUACUAAAGUUUUACUUUAAUUGAUGGAUGUAUUAAAGCAUUUCUACCCUCUCUCUUCAAAGCCCAGCCUAUUCAUACCAUAUUGAUGAACAAAUUGUAAUUUGAGAGCUGCUCUCUGCGGUCAAUUGACUGCAAUGAUGGAAAGUUUUUGCAUGCACUUUAAUGGGACGCAUCUAGAAAUUUCUAGGAGCACAACUUUGAAAGUUAAAGCUAGUAUGAUUGACAACCUUGAAAAAUGAGAGAGGUAGCGUUAGUUAAUAGAAAAAUAAAAUGACACUCGCAUUUGAGCAGUCAAAUCAUAACAAAUAAAUUUACGCGCUUAAAAUUUUCCACCACGAAA